AUGGUCAAGCGAUCACGCGAGUCCUCGGCCCUUUGCUCCAGCAGCGACACCGCCAGUUCUGCGGCAGAAGAAUCUCAAUCUCCUCGUCCUGCAAAACUCAGUGCUGUGACCACGGUCGCCGCUCUGCCAGCCAUGCCGGUCAUGCAGUGCUCUCUACCGCCUCACCGGGAAACCCUGGACUUUGCUUCUAUCGAAGAUUUCGAGGUGCAUUAUGCCAAAGACCAUUCCAAUCGUUGCGCCUCUUGUGGCAAAAAUUUCCCUACUGCUCACUUCCUAGCCCUGCACAUCGACGAGAACCACAAUACCUUCCGCGAGGCCCUGCAAGCCAAAGGUGAGAAGACAUAUGCUUGCUUCGUCGAAGACUGCGACAGAAAGUGUUCCACGCCGCAGAAACGUCGCCUCCAUCUGAUUGACAAACAUCUGUUCCCCAAGAUCUACAACUUCCGCAUUGUCGACACUGGCAUUGACAAGUCGACCUCCAUGCUCCACGAAAGUCGUCGGAGAAGAGUGUCAACCACUACCGAUCAAAUCUCUUCCACCGGAGGUCAUCGAAGACAGCAUUCCCGAACGGAUAACAACAACAAUCUCCCUCCUGUCUCCCCGAAAGAGAACUUCAACAGGGACAGGAAAGGAGGACCAAACUCCGGACCCAUCAAGCAUGUCUCAGAUGCAGCCAUCAGCGAUCUCGAAUCAUCCUUGUCUGCCUUGCGAUUCGUGCCACCAAGUGUUGCCAGUAAACAGCGGAACAAGCCACAUCAUGUGUGA